AUGGGUGCUACCGAUGUCCUGAGCCGCAAGACUGGUGUCAUCGUCGGCGAUGACGUCCUGGCCCUGUUCAAGUACGCCCGCGAGCACAACUUCGCCAUUCCCGCCAUUAACGUCACCUCUUCUUCAACCGUCGUUGCUUCUCUUGAGGCCGCUCGCGAUGCCAAGUCCCCCAUCGUCCUGCAGAUGUCCCAGGGUGGUGCCGCUUACUUCGCCGGAAAGGGCGUGGACAACACGGACCAGGCUGCUUCCAUCGCCGGUGCCAUCGCCGGUGCCAAUUACAUCCGAUCCAUCGCUCCCGCUUACGGCAUCCCCGUCGUCCUUCACACCGACCACUGCGCCAAGAAGCUCCUCCCCUGGCUCGAUGGCAUGCUCACCGCAGAUGAGGCUUACUUCAAGGCCACCGGCGAGCCCCUCUUCUCCUCUCACAUGAUUGAUCUGUCCGAGGAGCCCGUUGAGUGGAACAUUGAGACCACCGCCAAGUACCUGAAGCGCGCUGCCCCCAUGAAGCAGUGGCUCGAGAUGGAGAUUGGUAUCACCGGUGGUGAGGAGGAUGGUGUCAACAACGAGGAUGUCGACAACAACUCCCUCUACACCCAGCCCGAGGACAUCCUCAACAUCUACAACACCCUUUCUCCCAUCUCCCCCUACUUCUCCAUCGCUGCUGGUUUUGGCAACGUCCACGGUGUCUACAAGCCCGGCAACGUCAAGCUGCACCCUGAGCUGCUCGGCAAGCACCAGGCCCACGUCAAGGCCGCCAUCAAGUCCACUGAGGACAAGCCCGUCUACUUCGUCUUCCACGGUGGCUCUGGCUCCUCCAAGCAGGAGUACCUCGAUGCCAUCAGCCACGGUGUCGUCAAGGUCAACAUGGACACUGACAUGCAGUUCGCUUACCUCAGCGGUAUCCGUGACUACAUGCUGAACAAGAAGGACUACCUCCUGACCGCCGUUGGCAACCCCGACGGCGAUGACAAGCCCAACAAGAAGUACUUCGACCCCCGUGUCUGGGUCCGUGAGGGUGAGAAGACCAUGUCUAAGCGUGUUGCUGAGGCUCUCAAGGACUUCAACACUGCCAACCAGCUCUAA